AAGUGUAUGAAAGUGAGCGCGGCGCCAUAGUUGGUCCUCCAGUGAUAGUCGACCUCGGUACUUCAUUUCUUUUCCUCUCUCUCCUGGAACAAUUGUUUUCGCUUCUCUUCAUUUACAUAACCUAUCUCGGAAGAAAAUACAUGAAUACUUAGAAACGAAAUGUCUGGCUAUGUUGGGUGUAUUGUCUCUUUGGACUGUGGUGAUAUGCUUGGUAACUUUCAAGGCCAGGUGAAGUGUGUCAACAAUAGUAAUCAGACUAUUACUAUUGAUAAUUGUUAUAGAAAUGGCAUUGCUUGCGAACAUCCAGAAAUAACAAUUUCUGCUGGAGACAUCAGAGAACUAUCCAUCUUGAAGUCAGCAGAAGAUGCCCGAGAUAUUCUCUCUAUCCAGUCAACCCCAUCCAAAUUUACAAAGGAACAGAUGGAAGCUAUUUGUGGUGGAACAGCUUCUCCUGUUAAAGUAGUAUCGUGUAAUGACAAUUAUAACCAAAGCCGCACACCAUCCAAAGACAAGAAUUCACAGUGGAACAACGGAAACCAUCGUCGUACUCCAACUAAUAAAGAUGAUCACUUGAAACAACGCCGAAACUCAGGAGGGGACAUUGGAGCUAAAACUAAACUAUUAGAGAAUAAGAGUAAACUACAGAAUUUGCAAGCAUCAGAACCAAGGAAGAAAACUCCAGCUCGAAAAAUAGAUUGCCGUCGCAAACUGAUGACACGAGAAGAUUGUUUUAGUGCUCCUUCUGAAUCUUUUCUGAAGGAAUUUGACUUUGAGAAAAAUUUGGCUCUUUUUGACAAAAAAGCUUUCUUCCAGGAAAUGGAAAAUUCUUUGCCAGAAAUAAUUCACCAUAAUAAUGAUAGGAAAAAUCCUGCCAAAUAUCGUCAUGAUGAAAAUAUUUUGGAGUCUGGUCCUGUGGUUUUAUGUAAAAUUAAAGUUCCUUGUUAUUCAGACCAAGAAUAUGUAACAGAUUCUGGACUGACUGUUCCAAGUAUAUCUUAUGAGUUACGGUCACGUUUGUUUUCUGCCGGUGAAGAAUUUGGUUUCUCAAAAUCAAGGCAACUUGAAACUGUAGGGCGGUCAACUACAGAAAUGAUUUUGCAGCUUUUAGGAGGCAGUCACAGAUUGAACCCCAAAAAUGACCACCAGUUACCUACUGUUGUUGUUUUGUGUGGCCCACAUAUUCAGGGAGCUCAAGGGAUUACUUGUGCCAGAUUGCUAGCUAAUCACAAUGUAAAAACAUACAUCUAUGUGCCAAAUUAUAUGAAAAUGGAUCAUUUUAUUGAAAAUGAAUUAGCUUUGUAUGAUCUCACUGAUGGAGUAAAAACAUUUUCAAUUAAAGAUUUGCCAAAAUUUCCUGUGGACAUAAUUGUUAAUAGCUUGGAUAAUCAUGAAAACAUGGUUUUGCGAGACCAGCCUUGGUACCAAGCACUUGUGGUAUGGGCUAAUAACAGCAAGGCUCCAGUUUUAGCUAUUGAUCCCCCACAGCAAGGCACACUCAUCCAUGCCAAGUGGAGUUUAAGUCUUUGCCUUCCACUCAAUCUCAAAGGGCAGUUUGGACAAGUUUACCUGUGCGAUAUUGGUCUUCCUCGUAAGGUGAUGGCACAAGUUGGCAUCACGUAUUCUUCACCAUUCGGACAUAAAUUCCUCAUACCUCUUCAUGCCAAGACCUAGGAAAUGGAGAUAAAAGAGAAAUAGUUAUUAAAAUAGCAUCAGUACAAAAAAAGCUUUGCAGUCGAGGUAAAACAGCUGAAUUAACCGCAACCAAUGAGCAGCUAAAUCUUGCCAAGAUUUACUGUCUGAUGCAAACAGCAGCAUACAACAACACAAAAAAAAAAAAAGCAAAAAGAAAAAAAAAAUCUUCAGAUCUCAAGCCCUAAAACAAAAAAAAA